UAAGGGGGCGGUCAGCAACCACGCCCGGCCGCCUUUGUCACCCCAGUGGCGAUGUUUUACGCCACCGCUCCGGGCGUGCUCGCUUUGAGGCCGAGUCGACCUAGGGGAGGCCCGGGACCGGUUCAAGGUGAUCGUCGCUGGUUGUUGACCGCGAGCGGGGAUCGAACUCGGGCGGCGGGGGUUCUCGUGGCGCGUGGCGCCCGAACCUCGACCACCCACACCCCUGAUGUGUUUGUGCUUCCCAGUGGAGAUGGCCGCGGUGAGCAUAACCGAGGGCCAUGCAGACGUUGACGGACAACGGCUUUUCUAUCGCGAAGCAGUGGCGCCUUCCGUGCCUCGGCGCUUCUCAGUUUUACUCUUGCACGGCAUGAAGUUCUCCUCCGAGACCUGGCUCACACUCGGCACCCUCAAGGAACUGGCCGAGGCCGGAUAUCGGGCGGUAGCGCUCGAUCUUCCAGGCUACGGACGGUCCGCUUCCUAUCAGCUGGCAGGCCUGCGCCUGGGAGAAAUCGCGAAGGGCACGUUCCUGAAGCUCGUUUCAGAGAGCCUGCAGCUGGGUCCCUGCGCGCUCGUGUCUCCCUCCAUGAGCGGCAUGUUCUCUCUGCCGUUCCUGCUGGAGCACGAAGCUCUUGUCCGCGGCUUUGUCCCCGUGGCCCCCAUCUGCACGGACAAAUUCACGGCAGAGCAGUACAAGAAGGUGCAGGUGCCUAGCUUGAUUACCUAUGGCUCCCAGGAUUCCCAGCUCGGGGAAUCGUCCCUGUCGAACCUCCGAAACCUCCCCAACUCGACCGUCCUGAAGAUGGAGGGCGCGGGUCACGCCUGCUACCUGGAUAGCCCAGCCGAGUGGCACUCGGCACUGCUUGCCUUCCUCGGCAGCCUCAAGUAAUCCCUCGGCAGGGUGGUCCUGGCGCAUGGCGCUGCACGAGUCAACAGAAUUGUUGCCAGAAAAAACAGUAACACAGUAAUCGUAGUAGUGAUGAUUGUGAUGACGACGAUGAUGACGACGGUGGUUGCUGGAGUUCCCUGCUUCAAUUUUAGGCUUGCCGUGUGGCGUAUAUGCGUACAGGGAGUAGUUACAAAUAAAUAAUUUGACCGAUAAUUGCGAAGGAAAUUAAAGUAUAUGUGUGCCUUGAUGUUUAUUGACGCCGUACAUUGGUGAGUGUCUUUGACUGUCGGGGCCAGGGUUAAAUAGAAUAGAAUAAUAGAUGAACUCUGCAUGAGUGUAAUUGAACUCGUCAACGUGGUGAGUAAAUCUGUCAUCAAACUGAAACUAGAUCUGAAAUAAAAGCAAACGAGAUAUAUAAUUACAAAGCCUAUGGUUCUCUAUUCUGUAAGUAAUUCGUUUUUGUCGGGACCAGCAGAUAUCUCACUCUCCCUGUCAACCGCAGACCCCCUGGGUAUUCACAUACACAGAAGGAGCACAUACAACGCAAUAAGAGGGUGUGUCACUCGUGCUAUGGGUGUACUGGAGUUGGUGUCUCAUCGUUUGACAUAACCGUGCUGGUAUAAUGUGUAUCUCACAUCCGUGUGUGUGUGUCAUUUUGAUAUGGGGAGCAGUAGUGCAGUGGUUAGUUCACUGCGCUACAAAACCUGGUGAGUGAAUCUGUCAUCAAACUGAAACUAUAUCUCAAUUAAUAAACGUGUAUAGGUGUGCCCUGAUGUUUAUUGGCGCGAUACGUUGCAACAAUAUAAGUGUGGGGCGGUGACGUGGCCGAGAUUCGUGGUUCGAACCCCAGUGGCCACCCUGGUUAAUAAUGCGGGUGUAUUCAACCAAAAGAUACUCGCCACCCGCUUCACAGUGGAUGCUAAAAUCCCAUGACAUAAUACGAAAAAGAGUAGGCCAUUGUGUACCGGCAUCGUAUUUACUAAAUUUCUAGAUUUACGUUGGUUAGCAGCAUCGCCGCUUACUAUGAAAAACUACUGCAGACUGUAAUUGUCUUUGAAACAUAGCGCCUUAGUGAUGGCCUUGGGCGGUAAUAAUGGUGGCUGCGAUUUGAUGUGAUAAUUAUUUCAAUUUGCAGUUUACUUAGGACCUGAUUAUAGUUUUUAAGGUUAAGGACUGUACCCAAAAUUCCAUUGGGAAUGUCAAAUGCUAAGAUUUUGCAAUCAACGCUGCGGGAAAUUGUUGGAAUUGAGGUGGGUUUAAUACUUAAUAUUCUUAUGCAUAUAUAAUUCAUAUUUUCCUUUUGCUCGUGAGAUAUAUAUUUAUGUAUUCCCACAAAUAGUUAAUGAUCUCAGACAAGAUAUUUAGCUUUAUACGUUUCAAUAACUAUGUGUUACGCGAUGGCCUUCAUGAAACGAGCAGAUGAUCAAAUUGUUGCCUUUCAUUGGCCGAUUGCUGGCCCAGGUGGUACCAAUAUCUCCUCUGGACCAUGGACGAAUAUACGCAGUAAAAUUACCAUGUAUUGCCUUGUGUUAUUUACCAUGUGAUAUGCUAAUUGCAAUGCAUUAUGCAAAUUAUCGUGUGGGAUGCCGAGAUGAGUCCACACUUACUCGGUCGUCAGCACUCAUUCUUAAAUGGCCGUCUGCUAUUCAGGCUUUUUGGAAAAUAAAAUCUGCUAUGAAUAAAAUUA